GAAAAUGUCAAAUAAUAAAAAUGAAAAAACUGAUGAUUAUAUAAAUAAUGAACUAAUUAUACGCGGUUUUAUCAAAGAUAAAAUCGAUUUAAAUCCGAUGAAAUCAAAAGAUAGAGAGAAAUUGAGUAAAUUAUUAUUGAAUUACUUAGAUUUAGUUGAACAAAACGUUGAAUUACGCGAUGAUCAUUUGCAAUUCUCUAAUCAAAAGUCAUACGAAUUCGAAAGAUUAGAGAGAAUAUUGGCGGAAUCGGAGCAAACUAAUAACAAUAGCGCGAAAGAGAUUGAACAAUAUAAGCAUAAGAUACAUUCUUUAGAGCAGUCACUUAAAGAAGAGAGGGAUGCUCACAAGACAACUCGUCAUCAACUAUCCCUAUCAAAGAGUCUCACUCAAUCAAUUUCAAAACAAAAUAAUCAGGAUCUGAAGCGUAGACAAGCUGAACAAGAUAAAAGAUCUGGUGUGUCGCUCUCAGGUCCUACCACUUCUGCUCAAUCAGACGAUUUCCUCGAUCGAGCUUUACUGCAAUCUAAACACUCAGAAGUUAAAUUAACUCAAGAGAACGCUCAAUGGAGAGAUUUAAUAAAUGAUUUGGGUGGUCAUUUAUCGGAAUUAGCGACAGACGCAACUCGUAGGGUUGAAUUACUAACAGAGCAAACAAUUUCAAUAGACAAUCCACCUAAUAAACCACCUAGAGCUACUCUAUCAGCUAUAAACCAAACAAAAGAUAGAUUAAAUCUCUACAUAAAUGUACUCAAAACAUCGAUCAAACGACUAUCUGGUCAGAAAACAUUCAAUUUUGUCGAUGAUUAUGACUUUGAUAAGCUGGAUGUUAUAAAACAAGAUUACAUCACAAUAAAGGCGAACAUAGACGAACUAUUUAAAGGCACCGUUGGUACUAUCAAGAGAAAUCAAGAUGACACUUCGGAGGGAUUCAAACCGAGACGUAGUAACAGAUUGAAUUUGAGUGACUUGACAACAAAUUACGAAGACAAUCAAAACAAUGAAGAUGAAGAUAAAGUGGUCGACCUGCAAGAUACUCGCCCUACAAAAAUAUCUAAAAUAGACCACCAUCGUCGCUCUUCGACUAGACGUCCGAGUGCGGCAGCCGGAAAUUCUAAACUAGCAGAAGCAAGAAUACGAGGAUAG